AUGCAGGGCUGCACGGUGGGGAGCAGGGUUCCUCUGGGCCUGCUUCUUCUGAUCUGUCUUCAUCUCUCAGGUAUCUUUGCCCGAAGCAUUGGUGCAGUGGAGGAGAAAGUUCUCCAACACCUGGGCACCAACUUGCCUCUGCUUGAACAACCUUCCUUGCCCAGCCACUCCAACUCUGAACUUCCUCAGCCCAAACCAGACCCUCGGCCAAAUGAUUUAACAAGGGUUCCUUUGAAGCCCAAUGCUUCUCCAUCAGCUGGCUUCCAACCUGCAGGUGAUUCUGGUCAGAGAUGGCCCCCAACUGAGGGGCUGCCCUCCCUGGAUUCCUGGCCCUCUGAAGAUCCUUGGCAGAUGAUGGCUGCUGCCACUGAGGACCACGUGGGGGACAUGCUGCCUGAAAAGUGGUCUUACCUUUCUGGUGCUGUCACCCUCCCUCUGGGCAGCAGUCCUUUGCCUGCAAGGCCCUCUGCACGCUCCACAGGCCCCAUAUCUGAGGCUUCACUCCUCUACCAGGACUCCAAGUCUAGACGGUCGCCUCAUUCUAAUGUGCUGGGAGCCCAGAGAGAAAUCCUUGUCCAACACCCACCCUCUUUUAUUAACAGGAUUCGGCAGCCACUUCUGCCUGGGCACCCCUGGGGAACUCUGAAUCCAGGAGUGUCCUGGGGAGGUGGAGGUCCUGGAACUGGAUGGGGAACGAGGCCCAUGCCACACCCUGUGGGAAUCUGGGGUAUCAAUAAUCAGUACCCACGUACUAGCUGGGGAGAUAUUAACCGGUAUCCAGGAGGCAGCUGGGGGAAUAUUCACCUACGCCCAGGUAUUAAUAAUCAAUUUCCUCCCAGAGUUCUCCGUCCUACUGGCUCUUCUUGGGACAUCCCAGCUGGCCUCCCCAAUCCUCCAAACCCUGGGUCACAGUGGGGUUAGGAGAAUGACAGAGGGGAAAGCCCUAAGUUGGAAAUCAAAAGAAUGGCGUGUGAGCUGAAUGAAGAUUCAAUGAGUGUUUUCUAGCAUUCUCUCUACUUUUCACUGCCUCUCCUGCUCCCCCCAUGCUGAGCUCCAAUAAAACACAAGCAGUUAUUAAAUUUGCUCCUUUGCAGUGUCUUUGU